UUUCUUCAAUUUGUUGAAUGUUGAAUACUUGAUCUGGAGAUUCUGGAGAGGUGUAAAUCUUACAAAAAAGGAAGAAAGGCUAAUAAAUUUAAGGGAGGGAAUAUGGACGAGAUGAUGGCGUUGAUAAGAAGAAGCCCAGAGAAACUAAGGAACCAGGCCAUCAGUAGAGCCACCAACACCACCACUUUACCAAGCUGGAAGCUUUACGAGAACCCAUUCUAUUAUUCCCCACAACAACGACAACAGCAGCAGCUCCUACAACGACGAAGGCGUCACCAUCGUGUCCACCUGCCACUCUCGGCUCGUAAGAUAGCUGCUUCUCUCUGGGAUCUCAGCUUCUUCACACCCAUUAUGGAUUCCGAGCUGAUAAACGUCAGCGCCCAGAUGGCGGAAUUGAGGUCGGAGCUUGAAUUGGAACGCAAGGCUCGUAAGAAGAUGGAAUCCAUGAAUAAGAGACUGGCCAAGGAGCUGUCGGAGGUGAGGAAAGGGAGAGAAGUCAUAGAACGAGUUUGCGAAGAGCUGGCAAAGGAGAUUGAAUCGGAUAAAGCAGAGAUAGAUCGCAUGAGGAGAGAAAUGGAGGAGGAAAGGAAGAUGUUGAGGAUGGCUGAGGUGUUCAGGGAAGAGAGGGUCCACAUGAAGCUGACGGAAGCCAAGAUUUUGUUUGAGGAGAAGCUGCUAGAGCUGGAGUUGGAUUUCACCAAACCCAAGAAAAGUUUUCAGUUUCCUUCUCCAUCACCAUCUCCGGCGAAAGAGGCAAAAGCAGAGGAAGAGGAGAGAAGUAAUUAUAAAAAAAAUCGUAACGAGGUCGCAAUCAGCAUCACAUCGCCUGGUUAUGGGAGUUACUUGAAUAAUAAUUCCCACAAUUCAAAUUCCACGACGACAUCGUCGUGUCUGGACAAUGGAGGUGGUCGAUCGACGUCAACGUCGACGGUGAAUCAAAAUCAUAGAAGAGCAUCACCUGAAGUGGAGAAUCCACACAUAAAGCGAGGUAUCAAGGGGUUCGUGGAGUUUCCGAGAGUGGUUCGGGCAAUUGGCCCCCGAGGAAGUCAUUCGGGCUCCAAAUUGAAGUGUCAAAAAGCUCAACUUCGACUUCUAAUGAGACACAGGAGCCCCGUUCGAAGCCAUAAUUUCAUCUUGAGUUGAUCUCAGCUCUCUCUCUCUCUCUUGCCACAGUCGUGAAUUCCUUUUUAAUUUGUUAUUUUUGUCAUCAGUUGGGAUGAGAACUCUCGAGUCUUUCACUCUUUCUGGGUUCGUGUGUUUUUAACUGGUAAUCUAUUUAGUGGCUCAAUUUGGUAACGAAGAUCUGCUGC